AUGUUGGCCGUGCCCGUUGACGCUCCGACAGCCCGGCGGGAUCUUGCGGUCGAUUUUGUCGAUUUUGCCGUUUUCAAGACCAGCCUUCUCUAUCGUUCUUACCACUCACCAAACUCCAGCAAGAUCAACCUGAAACCCAACGACGCCCAGCUGAAGAAACACUGGUUUUCGCUGGAGCUGAAGACCGAUUCGGAACGAUAUGUCGAUCUUGUUGCCGAGGUGUCCCGGAUGCGUGUCAAAGCCAAAGACUUCCUUGAGGCCUACGAUGAUGUCCAGCAAGCUGACGCAGUCGAUGCCUUGGGCGCCAUGCAUCUUACCCAGGCUUCGACAGAAUCUGUCCAGUCUCAAGGCACGCUCGACGUGAAGGUUGACGUUCAGGCUGCCGGUCCAUCGUUCAAGGACCCGAAGCAUUCUGCCCCUACGAUACCCGAAUGGAAGACCGGGUUCCGCUCGCGAUCUAGUAGAGAAUUUCCUGUGCCUCCCCAUGAUCGUACCCCCCAGAACAGAGAGGUGAUGAAGGAGACGCUCGGCAUCCAUGUUGACGCGGGCCAUCCAUAUACGAUGCUUCAGUUCGGCCCGGAUGGCGGAAGCCAGGACAAUACCGUCAGGUUCGAAGCUGAUCUGGGUUCCAAUGCAUUCUGGUCCGCCUCCGACGCGUGUAUGCGGAAGACUACAACACUCGGCGCCAUGCACCGGGGUCUCACUGCUUUCGGGUUCCUCCUUGGACCGCGUCAUGUAAAGGUCACCCGCGGCACUAAACCUUAUUCGGUGGUCUAUUUCGACAAAUCUUCAGCAGAGUUCCAUGAAUACGCGGACCGUCUUAUGGUUCCGCUUGGACGGAACCAGUCUCCGAAUGCAUCUUCUAUGCUGUAUAUUCCCGUCACGAUAGGUGUAGCCAACGAGGUUGACCCACAUUUUUUCGAUGAUUCCCCAUACGCCGGUAUCAUAGGCCUGGGAAGACGGAUGAAACAUCACAGGGAAAAGGGCAAUACUUUUUUGUUUCAUGUCCGGCCCUAUCUGAAUAAACCCGAAAUGACCCUUUAUCUGACACCGGACGAAGGAUCGCUGGUGUUCGGCGAAAUGCCGCAAGGGCUUAACACAAGCCGUAAUAAUCAUCGCUGGCAUAGCAACAUUCCAGUUCAAGGGGAUGCGCAUUGGGUAGUUCAGAGCCCUUUCAAAUUGAUCGAUGGCCGUCGUAUCGACACUCCCGGCAGCAACAUAUGUAUCGAUAGUGGGACCUUCUAUGUCUGUCUCGACGACCCUGUUGUCAAAGACUACUAUGAGAAAUUUGGUAUAGAUGCUCAUUAUGACCCGGCAUCUAAGUACUGGCUCAUCCGGAAGACCAGAAGAGCACCGACCCUCCCAAAAAUCAAAGUCGCGUUGGGAGAUAAGGAGGAGAGUGUCAUAACUGUAUCAACUCUCUCCCGCGACGCGAGCAACAGCUCUUUGGAUGACACCCUCCAAGAGAUAUACGACAUUGGGAGUAUUCAGUACAAAUCUAUGCUCUACGACCCCGAAGUCAGCCCCGAUGAACAGGUUGAAAUGCUUGGAAUUGCAGCCCUUUAUGAGAUGGAAAUCAAUUUUCAGUUUCCAGAUGAAGUUGAUCAGGCUGCCACCGGUCGACGCCACAACAUUUCAUGGCGCUGCAAAGACUACGAUGACAACGGAUACAAGGCCGACUUCGGACUGGCGUGA